UGAUUCCGUGCUUCAUCCUUCAAUAUUUCUACCACGCUACUUAAUUUGUUGAUAUCCGGUUCAUGGGGUACGUUCCGCCUUCUCGCUCAGGACCCUCGUGUUUCUUCCUCGCGGCCCGAUGCGAAAGCCUCACGUUUAUCAUCCGUUCAUACCAGAAUCGACCUGUAAAAUGUACAAUUUGACUAUUCCAGCCAGCGUUUUGUCUUCUUUUUCUCUCCGGUACCGACCGCCUCGACACGUUAGCGACCCCAGGUCGUCACACAGAGUGCUCACCAUAAUUCCAGCCAGCUUGUAUUGCCUCCGCGUUAUCAGUUUUGGCUAAGGUUUUAUCUUUUUUACCCUAGCGAAGGAGCCGGGCUUCCACACUUACACACAAAGGCUGCCAUUCUUAUUUUUUCACAUACGUUUUUCUUUCACCUUCCGUGAUAGCUUGACCCAAAUAUGUCCUCUCGCACAUAGUUCAUGUAUUACACUUUCAAAACACGUGGACGACGCUAAUUUGCCUACCUGGUUGGACAGCAGUCCGUCAUCCUAUAGCCACCGUGGCUAAUAUGUCUGUAUGCAAAUAACAGCAUCACCGCCAUCCUUUCGCUUUUGCUUUGUUGUCUCUUUUUGCCUUUUGUGGCCUUAAAUAAAUUAAGGUUUAGCUCCCGCAGAAUGUCUUGGCAGGUAAUUGCACGUGAUACAUUUUAGCUGACAUAAGCAACAGUUGCUCCGACGACGACAGGGAAGUAAACAAAAGACUUCCCAGCCUCAUCAUUUUCCUGCUUUACCCGCCACCGCGACAUCUCUUGGUCGCCCACUUCCAGUCUCUCUUUCUCAACAACCAUAUCACUUGGUAACUGUCACUUGUUUCUCUAUUGCUCUUCGUUCCUUGUUAUUCACAUCUCACUAGAAUUAACCAUUUUUGCUCGAACUAUAUUUGGCAGCAUCAGAGUUGUCCUGCCUCGAGGCAAGCAAAGUCCCCAUCUUGGGGCCAGACGCAUUCCUCGCCUAUUCACCGAGACUGCCUGGAUCAGAGUCAGGUUAUCAUGGCUCCAGCUCCUGUUGUUCCCCCUUCAGGUGAAGGGGUCUUAACCCCGGGAUCCUCUUCAGUUGUCACCGGAUUCCUGGAGUCGAUAAAACGGACAACGCCAUCAAAUAUCAAGAACUUCCUUGAGCCCAGAAACAUCCCGACGAAGUCGCUCGAAACAAAUACGCAAGACACGAAGAUUCUCGCUGUCAGAGAUAAGGAACCUACCACGUCUCUACCAGUCUAUGGCGAAGGAGCGAUCGACCCGCAUAGCAUCAACAUGCAAGGCAUGCUGGCACUUUUUGCCCUCCUUGGUGCAGCACUUGUUAUUGCAGCAAUCUGGUUCUUUUUCUGGGCGAAGAAUGGAGGGUUCAUCUGGCGAGAAAACGACUGGGAUGAUUAUAAAUCAACAGUAUUACGACGAAAGGGUCCUGAUGGCCGAACGCUUUCCAACGCCACGAAAAGUACCGCACUUGGUGGAGGAAGUAUUGUUGCCAGAGAGUACCGGGAUUAUGAUGACGCUACCACUGCCAUGGAAACGGAAACCGUUGCAACGGGUAAAACGGGUAGAACGAGAAGAGGUUUCAUUGCCAUGAAGAAGAAACUGAUGCGUCGACAGAAGGAGUCCGACUGGGAAGGUGGCCACGACGAAGAUAUGCGGGCGUACCGCCACGAAAAACCUGCGCAAGUUGGUGGCAUGAACCGUGAAGCUGAUGGAACAUACCAUGGAUCUGACUUUACCCCUACCAACACACACACCAACACACACAAUGCAGGCAGCGCAGCUGGAUAUACCUAUACCUAUGAUGAAAAGAGCGAGUGGACACAGAGCCAGGCUGGUUAUACCAAUCAAUACGAAGAGAUGGAUAUUUCCAGGGGUCGGAACGUGUCUGGCUUUUCUUUCGUUGCAGGUGAAGAUACCGUCUCCCAUGUAACAGAGGAGCAACGGCCUCUUCGAGAGCCUUCUCCACCGCCACGUCGCCGGGACACCGACAAUCGUACUGCUGGUAGUCGGACUGCUGGUAAUCGUACUGCUGGUAGUCGUACUGAUGCAAGCCGUACGGAAGCGAGUCGCUCUGAUGUUAGUCGCUCUGAGGCUAGCCGCUCCGAGGUUUCGGAUACUGAACGUCGCUCCCGCCAUGCCCGGCACUCUCAACGUCCCCGUGGACCUAGAACGAGUACCAGCAACAACCGUCAGUCCACCUCUCGCAAGCGCACCUCAAUGCCCGGUGGCUAUACUGAGCCACUUGAUAUGUCUGAGUACUCCUACCAGCAUCUUGACGGGUCUGACAACGGCACCAGCAACAUGAGUUAUCAUCAGCCACUCCCCGCCCUCAGCAAAGGAUAUCGUCGGACUGGCCGAGGUAGACGCCGAGAUAGCUUGAGUGACAGCGAUGGAGAGUAGCGAGAGUCAUCGUCCGUGUGUUAGUUAGUACGCGUAACGGUUUGAUAUGUUUUGCAUUGCGUCUUUUAUAACUGCCAUGUCUUGUGGAAAGGGAGUUGGUGCCAAUUUUGUGGUUUAAUGUUAUAUAUGCCUUUCUUUUUUUUGGGUGCGAUGUACGGGCCAAGUGAACGAAUCCAUGUCCUCAUUAUGUAGUAGUUAGCUAAAUCUACCUGUUUCCAAUAAUGCCACCCGUCCUUUUACCUUCCUGUGCCCAGCAGGCGGGAACGCUAUGAAAUCGCCCCACCGCUUCCGCUUAAGCUUAUUGUGGACCGUGAGCUUAAAUCAACGAGACGGACAUUCGAAUGUUUUCAUAGAUAUAUAUGCCUGAGGCACAGCUAUAAUUCAUGGAUGAAUACAGCACUCAGAAGAAAUGUGUUCUCAUUCCGGCAGAGGCUCAGGCUCAAGGCUACCGGCUUUAUUUUCCUCGCUAGCUAACCUACGAGGCUGGAAAACACUCUGGGAGAAGCUCGGGUCGAAUCUCCUAAGUUCUCUCUAACGCUCCGCGAGGAGCCUUCUAUAUUGCAGUGAUACGCCAGGGCGGCUACUGAGUCUGCUAUAAUCAGCCUGGUCAAACCGAUGCAUGUCACUGCACGUAUACUUCGGAACCGGAGUGGGUCACAAGGCACUUUUACUACAGAAGCGUUGAACACACUACUAUAUAGGCCAACCCAACAGAUACAAGGGAGAACGGUACUCCGGACACAGAUCUUCUUACUGGAGUAGGGUAAGGUUACCCUGCUACAAUGAUAGUUUCAUUUACGUACACUCAAUAUAUAUAUAUCUGCUAACCGCUUGAACCUAUUGGAAAACAAGGAAGUUCGACACCUACAAAUGGAAUCCCAGUGAUAUACUUAUUUCUAUGUUUCGGUCCCGGUACGUAGAAUACGCUGUUCUGUUCUGGUAAUACGGCGUGUUUCUUCUGUAUCAAGUAAGAUUUACUGUGCCGUUUUCUUGGAUCUUGUCAUCUGAGCAAUCGCCUUGCAGCAUCCAAGGUAAUGCUCGGUAGGAUGCAUUGCAUGGCGAGGCCAGGACGCAACAGACCAUCUUGCUACAGUUUCAUUCAAGCCACUUAUGAUAACAUAUGGCGUGACGUGUACCCUCCAAAGCGAAUGAACUAUUUAUCUUGAAGCACCACUACGUGGUCCGUCGCUACAUGUUAGGCGCCGAAAGGCAAUGGUGGAGGCUGAUACCCCGUAAGGAUAGGCCGUUUGCCGGGACAUUCG